UUGAGAGUGAACUAUUCCUUUAAGACAAACUCUUGUGCAAAUGCUCUGUACGUGCAGUUAAUUUAAGUAAGUGUGAACGCUCCCAUCUGAACUUUGGUGGUCAAAAAUAAGUGGUCCGAGACCCACCUUUUCCAUGUGCUAUGGACAAAAUCCUUAAACAGUUUUGACUCAUUUACACAUUUUUACACUUACAUACAUACACUCUGCAGAGUUUUUCAGCACCAUACACACGUUUAUUUAGCUGAGCACACAGCAGUUCUAUUCACUAAGCUGUGUCUCAAAAUAUACAUCAUAACAUGUAUAUACUUACAUCAUAUCCUUUUGACAUUUGUUUUGCCAAAAAUGACCAGUAAGCAAACCAUUAUCUAUUAAUAAAAUGUGAAAAGUUAAAAUGUUUUUAACUUUCUGAAUGCACUCUAAAUUAAACUGAUCAAAAUUGCAAUUUCCUCUUUCUUUACAAUCAUCAAUUACGUUAGUUGCAUCAUUCUGUCAGGUAGAUAAAACAACAAAAUUAACCAACAAAAUCACCAUCGGCACAUCACACACUGCCAAACUGCAAUCUUCUCACUCGAAGAAAAUGCUCUCACAUUACAGCUGUGGUUAACAAGACAGGAAGUCAAGUAUUUUCGUGAGGGAUAGAUUAUGUACUGAUAAAAAUUAUACAAAUAUACAUAUGAAAUUGUAUAUCAUCUUUACUUUUAAAGGAAACAAUAGGUAGGAGAACACAAAUAUCAGGGAACGGAUACAUUUAAAGGUGAAAGAAGAGAAAUUCAGUGAUGGUGAAUAAUAAGACAUUGAUGGUGGUCGUCCUCCUAAACAUCUUUUUGACAGGAAGUCAAACAAAAGGAGAACAAGACACUGGAUCACAUCAUAAAGAUUCUGCACUUGAUAAACUCACAGUUUCUCAAGAGCAGAUCUUUAUUUCAGGCAGCGAUGUGACUUUACGGUGUGGCAAUCUCACUUCUGUCAAAUGGAAUGAAUUAAUUUAUAUAAGCUGGAACAUCAGCCUGCAGGACAAAAAAUGUAGAGUUGGUGUGUCACCCAAGCUGGACGACACAUGCAAUGAUGGAAAGAAGCUGGAAAACACCUCAGAUGGAGUUUCUCUAUUCAUUCCCAAGAUUUCAAUUGAAGAUGAAGGGCUUUACUUUUGUGAUUUAUCAUAUAAAGGAGGAAGCUAUGCACUAAAUGUGUCUGUAAGCGUUACCAAUGUUUCAACCAAGCAGGACAGUGAAAACAAUCAAAGGAUUGCUGUCUGUAAUUCCAAAUAUAAAAUGAAAGCACCCACUCUUCAUUGGGAACCUGCCGUGAACUUUUCCUCCAGUUCUGUAAAGAAGCUUGGGAGGUUUUUUAUGCUGGAGAAUAAAGUAUAUCUGCCAGAAGAUCUCAACAUUAGUGAGCUCACCUGUGUGGCCACAUACACGUCUAAGUCCGGCUCUGUGCAGCACAAGAGCACACUUCUUCUUACAGGAAUAACAUUUUGUCUCAGAAUGGAAGAAGAAUGUUAAAAUAUGGACGAUAAACAGGAUGUGGACGACAAACGAAAAGAAAGUAUAUUGGAGGAUGUACCUGAGAACUGCUAACAUCAUUUCAACACAGAGCAUCUUAAGAAUUAAAGCAAAAGCACCAAAUAGUGCAUUAAAACGUUUCCUUUAUCCUCUUAAUUAAAUUUUUUUUGUCUGUAAUGAAGAUGCAUUUACGUUGUUAUUUGGCUUCUGAGUUAAAAAAAUAAAGUCCAACAUUUUGCUUGUGUUA